AUGAGUGCGUUAGUGACUGUAGCCACAUGUAACCUGAACCAAUGGGCGUUAGACUUUGAUGGUAAUCUAGAACGUAUCAUUGAGUCCAUUCAUAUAGCGAAGGAGCGUGGUGCACGCUAUCGUGUCGGUCCAGAGCUAGAGAUUUGUGGCUAUGGCUGUGAGGAUCAUUUCCUCGAGCAAGAUACAUUCUAUCAUUGUUGGCAGUCGCUCGAGUUCAUUCUACGCUCAGACGUGACAAACAAUAUCUUAUGUGACAUUGGUAUGCCAGUUAUGCACAACGGUGUGCGCUACAAUUGCCGCGUCUUUUGUCUCAAUCAGCGCAUUCUAUUGAUUCGUCCCAAGCUUUUUCUUGCAGAUGACGGAAAUUAUCGUGAGACACGCUGGUUUACUACAUGGAAACCUAAUCAAGGUGCAGGCAAGUCAUGUGGUCUUGAUAACUUUGUGCUGCCGGCUACUCUGCAGAAGCUUACAGGUGUGGUGCACGUGCCAUUCGGUUCCGGUGCUGUAUCUACACUCGACACAUCGUGCGCGUCGGAGGCUUGCGAAGAGCUUUUUACACCUGACAGUCCGCACAUAAACCUUAGUCUGGCUGGUGUGGAAAUUAUUGGAAAUGGCUCGGGAUCGCACCACCAGCUGCGCAAGCUUGACCAACGGAUGGACUUGAUCCGUGGAGCAGCUACCAAGAGCGGCGGUGUAUAUCUGUACGCAAACCAACAGGGUUGUGAUGGCGGUCGUCUAUACUUUGAUGGCUGUGCUGUUGUUGUGGUGAAUGGUCAAGUGAUUGCACAGGGCACACAGUUUUCAGUGAAGGACGUCGAGGUGGUUACGGCAACAGUGGAUCUGGAUGAUGUGCGGUCAUACCGCGGCUCUGUUAGCAGUCGUAGUGAGCAGGCAAGCUCGUUGGACACUGUGAUCCCCAAAGUUGCCGUCGAUUUUAGCUUGUGCCAUGACGAAAAGUCAUUUACUCAACCUACUACACCUGCCAUUGAAGUUAAAUAUCAUGUACCAGAGGAGGAGAUUGCGCUUGGUCCGGCAUGCUGGCUGUGGGAUUAUUUGCGUCGAAGCGGAGGUAGCGGUUUUUUCUUGCCUCUUUCAGGCGGUGCGGAUUCAUCGUCUGUGGCAUGCAUCGUCGGCGUGAUGUGCCAUCUCGUGACUAACGCCGCCAAUGAGGGUGACGAACAAGUUAGAAAAGACGUUCAGCGGAUUAUGGGUACGUCAGACCAAGUGUAUCAACCACUGACGCCUGCCGCUUUGGCUUCACACAUUCUCCAUACUACGUACAUGGGUACAAAGAAUAGCUCGGCUGCCACGAAAAAGCGCGCUGCAACUCUCGCAAGCGAGAUUGGGUGCUAUCAUCUUAGCAUGGGUAUGGACAUGAUGGUGGAUGCUGUUGUCAAAACUUUUUCCCUUCUGACAGGCAAGACACCUCAGUACUUUUCUCGAGGAGGCACUAUGCAGGAAGAUUUGGCGCUUCAAAACAUUCAAGCGCGCCUUCGUAUGGUGAUGGCUUAUCUUUUUGCCCAGCUUUUGCCGUGGGUGCGCUCAAAAACUGGCUUCUUGCUCGUGCUCAGUUCCGGUAACGUCGAUGAAGCGUUGCGUGGAUACAUGACCAAGUACGAUUGUAGCAGUGGUGACUUGAACCCGAUUGGCGCGGUGUCAAAGGGCGACCUGAAAAAACUUCUGCGUUGGGCAGCUGUUAACUACAAUUAUCCCUCUCUACGGACUGUUGAGGAAGCUCCUCCAACUGCGGAGCUACGUCCCACCGACGACAAUGCUGACGAAGAUGCUGACCAUUCUCAGCUGGAUGAGGAUGACAUGGGCAUGACAUAUGAGGAGCUAGGUUUUUUCGGCCGGCUGCGUAAGAUUGACCGAUGCGGUCCCUAUUGGAUGUUUCGCAAGCUCACGCACUUGUGGAGUCACUUGACACCCACUGUUGUCGCGACGAAGGUGAAGCGAUUCUUUUUCUAUUAUUCUGUUAACCGCCACAAGAUGACUACGCUGACUCCUUCCUACCACGCUGAGAAUUACUCUCCCGAUGACAACCGAUUCGACUUGCGCCCCUUCGUCUACAACUCACGUUGGACUCGCCAGUUUAACUCCAUCGAUACGCAUGCCACAAAGCUGGAAGAGAAAAAGGAGCAGUGA